UUUGACACAUUGUUUGACUUUGUUUUUCGAAUCAAUGCUUUAUACUGGAUUUUCGUAAUUUGUUAUUUAAAAAUAACUCAAUAAUUGUAUGUAUCGAUGCAAAUGUACUUAUUGUACUAUUUUUUAUGAAUCUUCGAAAUGGAAGAUCAGUUUCCGAUACUGUGUUCCUCAAAACCUUUAAAGCCAGAAUUUGUAAAAUUCCAAAGAAUCGCAAUUACCUCUGAAGAUUUCAAACUUGGUCGUGGUCUUCAAAACUCAGUCGUUAUACCGUUCGUUUGUCUGUCUAGAGAUCAUUGUGUAUUUAAGAAAAUAGACGAUAACUGGAUAUUAGAAGAUUGCAGUUCCUUUGGCAUUGAAGUAAAUGGAAACAAACUAGGCAAAGGCCAAAAGCGCAAACUAAACAAUCAGGAUGUAAUAAAGCUAGAAUCUUCCAAUGAAUUUGUGUACAAAUUCGUGAGUACAAGUGAACAGUCGACGCCAUGUAAGAGAAGAAAACUAGAGGUGGAUGAGAACCAUGAUUUUAUUGAUAAUGUCAAAAAGAAAUUUGAGGAAUCGCAGAGUUGUGAAAUACAGCAUAUUGAGGAGAAAAUCCAGAAUGCGAAACACAUGCAGACAACUAGUAAGAGAUUAAAAGAGCAGUUACAGUUAGAUUUGAGUAGAAAAGAGCAGCAACUGCAUGAUGAUUAUGCGGCUCAGAUAAAGAAAUUGAAAGGACAGCAUGAUGAGGUGGAGCAGCAGAAGGCGCUGCUCAUUGAGGAGAGGGACCUACAGUUGGCGGCCGUUAAAGUGGAAAUGGAGGGGAAAAUAGCAUCCCUAAUGGAGCAAAUAUCCAAGCAUAAUGAAACCGAGUCAGAACUGAUUCAAGAAAAUAAUGCUCUCAAAGAUAAAUUAUUGAAAGAGAGGGACGAGUUCCUAUCCGAGCUGAACCGAGAGAGUUCCUCCAAGCAAGAGAUGCUGGAUAAGUUAGAAGCCAGGAUACGGGAGCAGGAAGAAGUGCGGCUGAAAGAAAAGAAGGAGUUGGAGGAGACGUUGCGGAGAGAGACUGAACAACUUAGACUUGCUAAAGAAAAGGAACUAAAAGAAUUAGAAGAACAAAAACUAAUCAGAGAAAAAGAGUUACAAGAAGAAUUAAAUAAUAUAAAGAAUAAUCUCGCAAAACAGAUAGAGUUACAUGAAAAUGAGAAGCGGAAAGCGGAACAACUCCUCAUACAGCAGAAGGAGCAGCUCCAGAAACUCAGUGAUGAGGAGAAAUCAAAGAUUAAACAACUAAUAGAGGAGCGUGCGGAAAUCGAAAAGAAACUUGCUGUGGCUGAAGCCGAUGCCGGCAAGUCCAUACAGACAUUAGAGGAACAUGUAAAGAAACGUGAGAUAGAACUAUCAGCGUUAGCGGCCGACCGGAUCCAGCAGCAAGCAGAGCAGUCCAGCGAGGUCAUCAGCUCCCUGCAGGCGCAGCUGGAGAAGGUGCGACACCAGCUACAAUCAGUAGAAACCGAAAAGAAGUCCCUCCUCGAGAGCCUAACAGUGACCUGCGUGGGCGAGGGCUCCAAAAGUGCCGACGUGGAAGACAUCAUAGAAACAGAGCUGCAGUGCAGCAUCUGUUCUGAGCUCUUCAUCAACGCCAUGACCCUGGGCUGCUCGCACAGCUUCUGCAAGUACUGCAUCGACAAGUGGAAGAAGAACAAACGAGAAUGCCCCAUAUGCAGGACAGUCAUAACAUCUGAGUGCAAGAGCAUAGUACUGGACUCGCUAAUCGAGCGAAUGAUGCAAACAUCGGAGGAGACCAAACAGAAACGCCAAGAGAUCCUCAACGCGAGAGCAGAGCUGGCGGCUAAGGAGGCGACCACUUCCUACGCCGGGACCACUCGCGGAGGUAAUUCAGAUGACGACUCCUCAACCGCCAGCGAGAGCGACAACGACGGGGAGGGCUCGUGGCCGGAGGAGGACGACUACGAGAACUACGACGACGAAUAUGACUGGGGCCCCGCCGACGACUACGAACACCCCCUCGACGUAUUCUUCGGGCGCGGCGGGCGCUUCUUCCGCGACUACCGCGGCCACUACUCGUCCAGCUCCGAUUCCGACAGUGGAUCUGACUUGGAUCCCGACGCCGCCGCCGCCGACGCGGGAGCUGCGCGCGGUGCGGCUGCCGGCGACGGUGCCGCGGGGGGGGAUGGUGCUGCGGGGGGUGGCGGUGGCGCCGCCGCCGCCGGCGGUGCCGCUGGAGGCGGCGCUGCGGGCGUACUUCCAGCGCCCGCAGGGGGCGCCGGUGCCGCAGGUGGUCCACGUGGUCAGGAUGGCGAACGGGCAGCUGGUGCGAAUGGCCGGCGGCGGCGCCGCUACGUCCCGGGGCUCCCGGGCGCCUACUACGGCGGCUACGGGCGCUGCUUCCGCUGCCGCGCCCGCGGCCACUGGGCGCCCGGCUGCCCCGACCGGUAACGCGCCGCACCCACGACCAACACAGAACCACUACUGAGUUACGAACUAUAGUUUCUGAAGCUCACGUUUGCGAACGGGCUUUAAGAAUUUCAUAUAUGCAGCCUCGGAACUAAAUUGGGAACGAUGGUUUCUGAUAACUCACGUUUGCGAACGAACUGCGGUUUCGAACUUGCGAAGCGUAAUUCUUUUUGGCAUAAUGUUAACGUAUGCCGUGCAGAUUGCGCCGCUUCUCCGUUUUGUGGUAGUCAUUCCCACCGAGUUAUUCCCACAAAUUCACUCACGUUUCACUGCAGAUUUUUUUUUUAUAUUUCCAGUACAGUUGGUGGUUAACGAGUGGGAGUAACCCUAUUUAUGUGAUACUUCUUAAAACAACAUAACAAAGUAGGUGUUAAAACUGUUAAACCUAAAUCAAAAAGUGUGCCAUAAAAUUAGCACUAGCAUCACUAGAUAGCGUUUCAGAAUACUGUAUUCUAAUGGCUGGGAGGGACGGACUCUGAACUCUGAACCCUCGGGCGGUUGAACUGCCGGUUUUAGUCUACGCCCCUUUGUCACCUAAAAUGACAGAUAGGGACAAGAUAUUAUCAACAAUUUGUUAGAUGUGACAAACGUUUAUGAAUAAUGCCAUCAGCAAAUAAAAUGUAUUUAUAACCUGGGCAAGUCCUUGAAUAGUAACUAAAAAUGUGACGUUAUCUAUGAAAAGGGAUCUUAUUGUCGACGGCGCUUACGCUAUUAUUAACGAUGCUCCGAUAUAAAUACAAUGCCGCGCGACGCUGUGCGGCGUAAGCGCUAUCGACAAUAAGGUCCUUUUUCAUAGAUAAUGCCCCAAAUAGAGACUACAUGUGAAAUGUAUUUUCUUGUAAAUUUUAACAAACUUGUAUGGUGAUAUGAUGUCUUGAAGUUAAAACUAUUUGAACAUUUUUUUUUUCAUUUAUUUAGAGAGGUUUAACAAUUCAGAUAAAAAGUUAUGCGAUGAUGAAAAACAGCAAAUUUUUCAAUGAUUGUUGCCUUCAAAGAAUUAAAGUGUUGAUAGAUUGAAACUGAUCACUCUCACUUAUUUCGGUGUUUGCGUAGACCUUUUAUCUAAACUGUUAAAUACGUCCCUAAAACAUGUAGAUGAGAGAGCGCAUCUAAAGUUAAUAAUGACUGUGAUAUUAUGAUUCUAAUAACGAUUUUCUAAUCUGUAUGCCAGACCCGUUGGAAAUCGUUUUCUUUUGUACUUGUAUUUUCAAGAUAAACUAAAUCUGAACUAUACAAGAGUAACGUAAAUUCUUUGAGUGGUUGAAAAUUAUAACUAAUCAUUAUAUUAUAUCGGCACUACUUUGAAAAAAAGUCGUAUAUAAUGUUGUAAGUAUGUAUGGGAUGCAUACAGAUUUACUGCGUUUUUAACUUUGAGUAGCUGUGUCAAAGUAGUGCCUCUUGAAGGCCUAGGUGAAAAUGCUCGAUGACACGCGUCACCAGCGAUGUUACAUGUGAGAUGAGUUCAUUUCAUAGUCAUGGAGUCAAGAUAUGUCAGACGAAAUAUCGCUCGACUUAUGAUACACAUUGGAGACACACAAAUUUCGCUCAAUGUUGCCAGACAUCUCGAGCGAAGUCCGGCAACGUGGCGCAAUUAAACCGACGAGCUGACGUCGCUGACGACAUGUGUCAAUAAUUCAUUAUAAAGCGGUACUAUAUAUAACCACUAACAAUAAAUCAAGAGUGAGAUGAGACUAAGUGAUAAUUGUAUGAUUCUUAUCAGUGUCCUCUAAGAUUAUUAUAAUGUUGAUAAAAAUGGUGAAUCUUUGAUGUUUGAAUAUUUGUUAAUCAUUAUAAAAAUGUGUCAUGUCAACAUCAUCAGAUAUGUUACAAAAGAUAAGACGUUAAUUGUUUAAUUUAAAGUUAUUUUAAUAAUUCUGAUUAAAAGAAUAAAGAACUAUUUUUAA